GACGUCACUUCCCAUUGUGUGAGUCUGCAGGGCUGCUGUAGUGACACAGGCGGAGGGCUUCCAUGCUAAGCAAGCGACUAACCGCAUUAAAACCAGAAAGAAACGCGCCUUUCUUUUAUGUUUUAUUUUUUUUCGGAGUCCCUAACUCAGUUCGGUCAUCCUCGGCGUACUCUAUUUCCACUUAAGUGGACUUUCUUCUCCACCGUGUGUGCUUCCGUGAAAGAGUGCCGCUGCUUCUGACCGAGCACGCCGCCGCCGCUCCUGCCUCUCCGCCGCUGCGAGAGAAGAAAACAAGCUCGGUGAGCAGUGCGCUAAAGCUGUGUGAUCAUUGACAGAGUUCACUACACACAGCCACCCAGCGGUAACUCGUCGGCGCCUCGUGAAACAGCUCAGAGGUUCUUCUGCAAGCCACGGUUGAGGAUAUAUUUAUCUAUCUUUGCCUCCGAAGUCGAGGUAUUAGUCAUCUCAUCUUAAUUUGCUAUCAGGAAUUUACCCAAUAAGAGAGUUUUCAUCAGCUCCCUUGCAGCCCCCUACCUACCCAAACAGUCUUCUGCCCCAGCAUGAAUGACGUCGUUGUUGUUAAAGAAGGAUGGCUCCAAAAGAGAGGUGAAUACAUCAAAACAUGGCGUCCUCGGUACUUCAUCCUGAAGAGCGAUGGAUCCUUUAUCGGAUACAAAGACAAGCCUGACGUGUCCAGUGACCUCAGCCCCCCACCGCUCAACAACUUCUCUGUUGCAGAAUGCCAGAUAAUGAAGACAGAGCGCCCCAGGCCCAACACGUUUGUUAUUCGAUGUCUGCAGUGGACCUCGGUUAUUGAGCGGACUUUCCAUGUGGACAGCAGAGAGGAGAGGGAGGAGUGGAUGCGGGUGAUCCAGACAGUAACAAAUAGCCUGAAGAGUCAGCAGCAGGAUGAGGAGCCCAUGGAGAUCAAAUUUGGCUCACCCAGUGACAGCAGCGGCGCAGAGGAGAUGGAGAUCGCCGUGUCCAAAACCCGUUCAAGAGUGACCAUGACUGACUUUGACUACCUGAAGCUGCUGGGCAAAGGAACGUUUGGAAAAGUGAUCCUGGUUAGAGAGAAAGCCACGGGGAUGUACUACGCCAUGAAAAUCCUCCGCAAAGAAGUCAUCAUUGCUAAAGAUGAAGUGGCACACACAGUUACAGAGAGCAGAGUUCUCCAAAACACACGGCAUCCCUUUCUAACGACACUAAAAUAUGCAUUUCAAACACACGACCGGCUAUGCUUUGUGAUGGAGUAUGCAAAUGGAGGAGAACUCUUCUUUCAUUUAUCCCGGGAAAGAGUAUUCACAGAAGAUAGGGCACGAUUCUACGGUGCAGAAAUAGUAUCUGCACUGGAGUAUCUACACUCACGCAAUGUCGUUUACAGGGACUUAAAGCUGGAGAAUCUGAUGUUGGACAAAGACGGCCAUAUAAAGAUAACAGACUUUGGGCUGUGUAAGGAGGGAAUCACAGCCCGCGACACAAUGAAGACGUUCUGUGGAACCCCCGAGUACCUGGCACCAGAGGUACUGGAGGACAAUGACUAUGGACGUGCAGUGGACUGGUGGGGACUGGGAGUGGUGAUGUAUGAGAUGAUGUGCGGCCGGUUGCCGUUCUACAACCAGGACCAUGAGCGCCUGUUUGAGCUAAUCCUCAUGGAGGACAUCCGCUUCCCUAAGAACCUGGCACCAGAGGGCAAGGACCUGCUGGCAGGCCUGCUGAAAAAAGAUCCCAAACAAAGGCUUGGAGGUGGACCAGAUGAUGCCAAAGAAGUAAUGACCCACAAGUUCUUUGCCACCAUAAACUGGCAGGACAUCCUUGAAAAAAAACUUAUUCCACCCUUUAAGCCCAAAGUAACAUCGGAAACCGACACCCGUUACUUCGACGAUGAGUUCACAGCACAAUCUAUUACAAUAACUCCUCCAGACAAGUAUGACAGCUUAGAUGUUGAGGAUUCAGAUCAGCGUACACACUUCCCUCAGUUUUCCUACUCUGCCAGCGUACGGGAAUGAUCACUAAGACUCGUGAACAAGCAGGCAGGCUGGCACACAAUCCUAACCCCUCAUGCACCCUUGCACUGCUGAGGAAUUAAAAUGACACAAAACAAAAAAGGUGGCACAAGGCACAUUUUUCAUUCAGUCUUUGACACGCGUCCUCACCGUUACAGGUUAAUCAUUGAAAGAAAGUUAAAAAAAAGUAGCUUAAAAUAAAGUAGGAAGUGAACAUACAGACCAUGCGUGACGGAGCUCAGCUGGUUUGUUUUAAUAGACUGGCAGCUUUGUCUCUGCAUGUCCUGUUUGGGUCAGCGUCAGGCUUCCCUGCUGGACCUCUGCAACACCGCAUCAAAGCCUUUACACUUAAAAAAAAAAAACAGGUAAUGCCAGCAAGUCCCACAUCUUUACCAGCUUAACCCAAGGUUAACAAACACAGAUACGCACAACAAAUGACCCACAGGUAGAAUUUCCAAAUUUCAUCCGAAUUAGAAAAAAAAAAUUCAAAACAUUUGGGAGGAAAACCGACAAUUUAUUGUUUCAUCAGUUGCGGUUUUAAAUGUAAAGCCAUAUUUCAAAUUUUUUAUUUUAUUUUUUUGAUUUAAGACAAAAAAAAUAACAAGUGCUCUUUCUGGAACUUGCUGUUACAAAUCAAGUGUAGGGUUUCCCUACUGUUGGAGGGGCAAGGGGUGAGCCAUGGAGAGUUAUGGUGAUUGCACUGCACAUGGUGUUCAUGCCAAUGCACGAGAGGAUUCGAAUGCAUGCGUGUGCAGAGAGAGCGCAAGAGAACGAGUUUUUAAUCUUCAUCCAUCCAUUUGUGUCGUUUUUUUCUUUUUCUUUUAAUAUGCAUGUUUUUAAACUAAAAAUUUGCUGGAACACGGGUGAGAGGGAGAGGACACUACACAACAUCAAGGGGGCUGUUUUCAUUGUGAAACCUUGUAGUUUACGAUUGCUGUCCUGAUUUGCUGGCUGGUAAUUUGACUCAAGAUGACAAAAAUCCAAUGCAUGGCUUACUGUUGCUGUCGAAGCUGCAUUAUUUGAUGCAAUGCAGCAUUCAUUCACGUGGAGACCAGGUUGGUAAACGCAGAUUCCAGUUAGUCUUUGGUUUCUGUAGAGAAAUCAGAUCCAGUCUAGUCUCUCCGUGUGUACAUAUUUAUACAGACUGAAUAAAACUGAAUAGCAGACGAUACUCCUGACCCAGUUUUCCUGGACCUGUCCAGAAGUAUCUACUGUUUUACACCUUUACUAUUUCCUCAGUUCUGUAAACUUUCCUCCCUGGCUGAAAUGGAUCAGCAGCAACGUCUUGUUCUUUUUAAAAUAUCAUUGCAAACUAUUAGAGUAUUUUUCAAAUUAGUUUUUAUUUGGCUCCCAGUUUGAAAAUCUAAAAAAUAAAAAGUGUGCUUUUAAAAGUAAAAGUAACUUAUUGGACAUUUACUGCUUGAAUUCAUUCUAUAUUUCAUGUUUUGAGACUGAUUUGUUUCUCUAAGUGUCCAAGCACUUAAACGUUUAAAGGUUGAAUGUUUGAAGCAAGUUGAGUGUGACCCGUUGGAUCCAGGCUUUUAGCUAGCAAUGCGUUUGGCUGUACAUUGUACACCCUUUACAAAAAAAAAAAAGACAAAUUAUAAGCCCUGUUUUUGUGAUGUGCGGCCUUGGUACACCCUCAUUUUCCCACCGGAAACUUUGCUCAAAAUUUCACAAGCAGCAGAUACUGGAGUUGGAAAAACUAAAUUUUUGCUGCUCUUGGCGCCACAUCAACCAAUCACAAAAGAUGAUCUACGAGCCGAUGGGGAGACGGACAGCGCUGCUGAUGCAGAGCGUUGUCAUCACUCCACUGAAACUGUUUAUCAACACCUAAAUUAACUCAAAACCUUUCAGCAAAAUAUGUUCGUUUUUAUUACUCUGGUGCCUGCCGUUUGUACCAUAUGCCUAAAAAAUGCUAACAUCUACUUCCAGCCACCACGAAUAGUAGGGAGAAACCCCCAAGAAGUGAGCUGGCCUGAGGUAGCUGCUGCUGGGGAUUCCCAGUGACAGCGCACUGCUGAUAUAUGGGAGUCUGCGUGCCUCCGACAGCGAAUAAUAUUUGAAGGCAGGACCGUAAUCUUGAUGAACUUACUGUACAGACGAUGUUUGAGGUGAAUUUUCUCACAUAAAAAUAUAAUAAAACUACAUUUUACCCACUGAUCACAGCCGGCCUCUGCCAUUGAACACAAGGAUCAGCAGAAACAUCAGAUACAUCUGAACACAUUUUUCGCUGGACACGUCUGAGCUGUGUACUACCAUCAAAAAUGAAGCAGCAGGCGCUUUUUUUCCUGCUUAAAUCGCAGCGAGAAUGUGGCAUAACUCUUUCUGAUUUUUUUAAUUAACCUUUGAAACAUAAUAUUGUACCUAAAAUGAUCUCAUGUCUUCCUUAUGAAACUUCCACCUCUACUCAAGCAAAUAUACUUCCUAUAAUCUGGACAAAGACAAAAAAAUUAGCUGCAUUCCACCUCAAAAUGCAGGAAAUGGCAUUUCAGAGAUUCUAAAUUUCAAAAUUUUCCAGGAGAGGAUUCCCCUACGGCGCACAAAGCCUAAAGAUGUGAUACUCAAAGGUGUACGCCCUAUGAAAUAUUCCUAGCUGAAAGCCUGGUUGGACCUGCCUUUAACCCGACUGCUGAGAGGAGGAGCUACUCAAACAUCAGCUUGUUUAAUUUGAACAGAAAACCUGCAUCCUUUUAGUCAUGGAGGCACAUGAUUAAGAGAAGCUGUGGGCAGCUUUUGAACAGUGCUCGAACUGACAGGAAAAAUAUUUUUUUUUUGUGAUGCUGGAAGCGAUCUCACUUCAUUCUUCUAAUGAAAAAUGGACAUCGAAACAUUUCUUUUCUGUUUCCUGUUUGUUUUGAGAUUUUUUUUUCCUAUUUUCUUUCCAUCUAUUUCUCAAAUUCUGGAAAAUAGAUUGUCUCGUUCUGAGUCCAUUAUAUUAAAUAUGAAUAUAUUAAAGUUUUUUUUGAACUGCU